AUGGCGAUUCCAAUGGCAACGGCCACACCAACAGACUCCGCGAGUAGAGUUUGGAGCAUGUCUUCUCUCAGAUCAGCUCUUCCCUCCGCCACAACUUGCCGGAUGCCUUCCUCUACUUCUCGCCGUCCGGUCACUAUUCGUCUCCCCGUCUCGUCUCCGUCACCGCUCCUUCUCCCAUCUUUCUCUGGCCUAUCUCCAGUCAAUCCUCUCAUCUCAACCGGACUUCCAGAUUGGAAAAGCUUCGAGAAUGGCUUCAAGAUCAUUGACGGUGGUGGUCGUGUAUACGCAAUGAGGCACGGAAGAAGAGUCCCGAAGCUGAACAGACCUCCGGACCAGCGGAAAGCUCUGCUCCGUGGACUCACGACGCAGCUCUUGAAGCAUGGGAGAAUCAAGACGACUCGAGCUAGAGCAAGUGCGAUGAGGAAGUUUGUUGAUAAGAUGAUCACUCUUGCUAAAGAUGGGUCUCUGCAUAAGCGAAGGCAAGCUCUGGGGUACAUCUACGAGAAGCAGAUUGUUCACGCAUUGUUUGCUGAGGUUCCGGAUAGGUACGGGGAGAGGAAUGGAGGGUACACGAGGAUCAUUAGGACUCUUCCAAGGAGAGGUGAUAAUGCUCCUAUGGCGUAUAUUGAGCUUGUUUAA